AUGGCUGAGGAUACCCCUGUCCCUGCGCCUGUUGAGGCUGGCGAAACCGCGCGCGCCGAGAAGCCCACCGAGAAGAAGUCGGAGACUGAGACUGUCGACGACAAGCCUGCCGAGAGCGCAGUUGCGACCGACAACAAGAAGGACACCGGAGCUGGGGCCGAUAAGCCUGCUACUGCUGAUGAGCCUUCCGAGCCCAAGGCUGAUGGUGACGAUGCCGCCGCUGCUCCUGCUGAUGCUGAGGCCGCUGCGCCCGCCGAGGCCAACGGAACCCCUGCCUCCGCAAAGAAGUCCUCCAAGAACCGCCGCGCUUCCGGAGGUGCCAACCAGUCGAAGCUGAGCCGCAAGAAGUCUGUGACUCGCAUUACCCACCUGGAUGCUAAGCCUGGUCAAUACUACCUUGCGCGCCUUCGCAGCUAUGCGCCCUGGCCCUCCAUCAUCUGCGAUGAUGAGAUCCUUCCCGAGAGCCUGCUCGAGAACCGUCCUGUUACCGCCAUGCAGAAGGAUGGGUCUUACAAGGGCGAGUACGCCGACGGUGGCCGUCGCACCCAUGAACGGACUUUCCCCGUGAUGUUCUUCGAGACCAAUGAAUUCGCUUGGGUCCCGAACACUGCGCUUACCCCCCUCGAACCUGCCGAGUGCAAGGAAAUCUCCGAGAAGAACAAGACCAAGCAAUUGAUCAGCGCUUACAAGGUUGCCUCCGAAGGUCAUGACCUUGCGUACUUUAAGAAGCUGUUGAACGACCACCAGGCCGCCAUCGACCAAGAGGAGGCUGAAAUUGAGGCCGAGAAGGCCGAGAAGGCAGCUGCCAAGGCCGCAAAGGACUCUAAGAAGGGCAAGCGCAAGAGCAAGGGAGCCGAAACUGAUGUUGAAAUGGAGGACGCGGAUGACUCUAAAAAGUCCAAGGCGUCGAAGAAGCGCAAGAACACUGAGACUGAUGCUGAGGCAGACAAGCCAGCCAAGACUCCCAAGACCAAUACCAAGCUGAAGUUGACUACCCCCAAGGCCCCCGAGGAGAAGAAAACACCUGCAAGCAAGACCAAGAAAGCCCCAACCAAGAAGGGCAAGGCCGCUCCCGCCCCCAGCGACGACGAGGAUGCCAGUGCCGGUGCUAAGGAAUCCCCCAAGCCCGUGGACCCCGAGGAAUUGAAGAAAAAGAAGGAGAAAGAAAGUACGUCUUCCCCAGACCCUGGAUCACCCCCUCCCCAAGGCCCGCCCGACCCAGAGCGCUUACGCCUUUUAGUUCUUUUCCUUCGUCACAAGCUCCAGAAGGGCUUCAUCUCCCGCGACCAGCCCCCCAAGGAAGAUGAAAUGGCCAGCAUGGCCACCUACUUUGACAAGCUGGAGAAGCACGCUGAUCUGGAGGUCUCGAUCAUCCGUUCUACUAAGAUCAACAAGGUUCUGAAGAUGAUCGUCAAGCUCAACUCGAUUCCUCGCGACGAGGACUUUGGCUUCCGUCACCGCGCCAUGAACAUUCUGUCCAGCUGGAAGAACAUCUUGGACGCAGACACUCCUGCUGGUGCGAUUGACAAGGACGACAAGCCCACUGCUAACGGCUCCAACAAGGAGUAUGACGGAGCUGACACCCCCAAGCUGGAGACUGAGGAGGAGAAGGAGCCCGAGUCCAAGUCAGCCAAGGAUGACCUCGACUCCCCGAUGCCCGAUGCCGACGCAGAGAAGGCCCCUGAGCCCGAGAAGGAGCAGAACGCCGAUGGUGACAAGCCUACGGAGACCACAGAGGAGAAGACGGAAGAGAAAUCUACUGAAAAGCCCGAAGAGAAGCCCGCCGACGAGCCUUCUGAGGAGAAGACUGCCUAG